AUGCUUCUCUCCCUCUCCUACGUGUUGGCGCUCUACUCUCUGUCAACGUUCGCUGCGCCCACCACGAACGACGGUGUUCCCCGCGUCAAGUUGGGGAAGACGACGCUUGUCGGGAGGGCUAUCACAGCGUCGAAGGUCGAGUUCUUUGGAGCUAUUCCUUAUGCUGAACCUCCCCUUGGUCCGCUUCGCCUCAGGCCUCCUGUGCUGAAAACGCAUCUGAACGUUGCUACGUUCAACGCGACAAAUUUUGGCAAGGGUUGCUUGCAAUAUCCAAAGCAUCUUACUGCUGAUGAAGUUGACGAGGAUUGCAUGACUAUCAAUGUUUAUCGUCCGGCUGGGAUUAGUUCUGAUGCCAAAUUACCUGUGCUGUUUUGGACCCAUGGCGGUGGGAUGAUUCAAGGUGCUGGAAACAUGUUCAACGGAAGCGCAAUCGUCGCUCAGAGCAUAACUCGGGGUACCCCAAUCAUCUACGUCAACUUUAACUAUCGUCUCGGCCCUCUUGGGUUCCCUCAGGGUCAAGAAGCCAUCAAUAACAAAGCGCUCAACCUUGGACUCAAGGAUCAAGUAACCGCCCUCGAGUGGGUCCAGCAGAACAUAGGGAUUUUUGGCGGUGACAAGAAAAAGGUAACCGUCUUUGGAGAGAGCGCCGGGUCUAUCAUGACGUCCGCCCUCUUCCUUAACUCAAACCUCGAGAAGUAUGCGAGGGCUGCAAUCUUCCAAUCUGGACACUUGACAUUCAAAGGAAACUUUCCCGCAACGCAUCAACAAUCCGAUUGGGACGGCUUCGUUGCCCUCGUCCCAAGCUGCGCCGACCUUGUCGCUAUGAAUAACACCUGGGAUUGUAUUCGUGAGGCCCCUGUCGCUGAGAUCUUUGCUUCCCUCGUCAACGUGGAGACAAACACGGCCGCGCCCUUCAUGCCAGUGCUUGAUGGGCCGGACGGGUUUAUCCCAGAUUACCCGUCUAAGUUGUAUGCCAAGGGGCAUUUCGCGAAACUGCCAUUCAUCACGGGGACGAACCUUGAUGAAGGGACACUCUUUGUAGCCCCGACGAUCAACUCCACGGACCAAGUUCGCGCGAGCCUCAUCGCCGGCGCCUCUCCCUCCAACAACCCCGCUUCGCUAAACGCCUCAGUGGAUAAGAUCUUGCAGCUGUACCCCGAUGUUCCAGCGCUCGGUGCACCCUUCGGGACUGGGAACGAGACAUUCGGGUAUUCGAGCCAGUACAAACGGAUGGCUGCCAUCUCUACUGAUGCGAUGAUGUUGGCGCCGCGCAGAUUCUGGCAGAAAGCCGCUGCCGACUUUGGAGUGAAGACCUACGGGUAUCUGUUCACUGAGCCUAUGCUUGCGGACCCCCCUGCUCUCGGCACAACGCACGCUGUUGAUCUCACAUUCGUCUACGGUGGACUCUACUACAAGCCCCUCGAGAAAACGACCUCCGCACACACAGCUAGCAGCUACUUCAUUGAUUACUGGGUAUCGUUCACGAAUGGCUUGGAUCCUAAUGACGGGAAGGGUGUACAACGCCCGAAAUGGGAGCAAUACACAUCUAAGAACCAGGUUCUCCUGCAGAUUAACGGACAGAACACGACGACUAUCCCUGAUACCUUCCGCAAGACACAGACUGACUUCAUGAAUUCGGAUCCCGCAAUUUGGUUCCAUUAA